AUGCAGCCUCCGCCGUCAGCCGCAAACCACAACUUCAUCCCUAGCAAUGAGUCCCUCAUCAUCCAACUCACUCAAUCAGCCUCAGGGCCACCGGACGACGCCGUGAUGAGGCUCCCCACCAUACUGACAGCUGCCAUCCCCGCCUGCCUGGCCAUCACACCCUUCUCCCUCCACCCCAACCCGCGCAUCCACGCCCAGCGGGAGGCGACCCUCACGGCCGCCGCGCUCAACGCCACCCAUCGUCCGUCCUACAACUUCUCCGUGCCCAUUGACCAUUUCCACAAUGACACGCGCUACGAGCCUCACGCCGACGGCACCUUCCCCCUCCGCUACUGGAUCGACGACACCCACUACCGACCCGGCGGGCCCGUCAUCAUGAUCGGCUCCGGCGAGCUCACCUCCGUCCUCCGCCUGCCCUACAUCGAACAGGGUAUCGGCAAGAUCCUCGCCGAGGCCACGGGCGGGCUGGCCGUCCUCCUCGAGCACCGCUACUACGGCUCCUCCUACCCCGUGCCCGACCUCAGCCCGCCCAACAUGCGCUUCCUCAGCACCGAGCAGGCCCUCGCCGACACGGCCUACUUUGUCCGCCACAUCCGCUACCCGGGCCUCGAGCACCUCAACCUCACCUCCCCCACCACCCCGUACAUUGUCUACGGUGGCUCCUACGCCGGCGCCUUUGCCGCGCUCCUCCGCAAAAUCUAUCCGGACGACUUUGCCGGCGCCAUCUCCGGCAGCGGCGUGCCCCAGGUCAUCGACGACUGGUGGGCCUACCUCGAGGCCGCCCGCCACUUUGUCCACCCGUCCUGCGUCAACGCGUCCGCCGCCGUGACCGACAUCUUGGACGCCGUCCUGCUCGGCGACGACCGCGACGCCGUCCGCACCGUCAAGCGCUGGUUCCAGCUCGAGGACCUGCCCGACGACGACUUUGCCUACACCCUCCACUGGGGCCUCAUGUCCCUCCAGGCCACCCAUUGGGACCCGGACAUUGACGAGGCCGACCUCGCCCAGUACUGCGCCGCCAUCACCUCCUCUGUACCAUGGUACGCGUCCACGCGCACCCUCGGGCCCGAGGUCCGCCGCAUCCUGCGUCUCGCCGGCCGCCACGACGGGGACCAACGGGACGAGAUGGAGGCCAUGCUGCUCAACUUCAUCGGCGCCACGCGCAAGACCAUUUCCGAGCUCCAAAAAUGCGAGCAGGACAACCUCCUCGGCGAGCAGUGCCUGUCCAAGCGCGGCGCCAUUGACGACGAGAGCAUCCCCCAGGGCAUGCUCCGCGCCUGGGCCUACCAGACCUGCACGCAGUGGGCGUACUUUGUCACCGGCACCGGCACACCGGACGGCAUGGCCCCGCUCAUGUCCCGGCUCGUCACGUACGAGUACGCCACCAUGUGGUGCCCGGACGUGUUCAAGAUCCCCGCCCAGCCGGACAUGGACUCCAUCAACAAGUACGGCGGCUUCAAUUUCAGUCACUCCCGACUGGCCUUUGUCGACGGUGAGCACGACCCCUGGCGCCAAGCGGGCGUCCACGCCUUGGGCCGCAACGAGGACCGCGAGAGCACCACUGACGAGCCCUUCCUCCUCGUUGAGGGCGGCGUGCACCACUGGGACCAGUUCGGCAGCAAGCCCGACGCGCGCUCCAGUUGGGUGGCUCCCGAGAAUGUGCAGCGUGUGCAGCAGGAGGAGGUGAGGUUUGUCAAGGCGUGGCUGGACGAAUGGCGCGAGGAGCGUGGCAUGGCAAGGGAGGAAGACUUUGGUCUUGAGUUGUAA